CGGAGCGCCCUGCCUGUCUCCUCGCUCGUGGGGCAGCAGCCGGGAGCAGCGGGCAGUCAGGCAGCCGGCCCCUCCGCCCCGGCCAGGGGACGCAGUCAGUAAACACAAAAGUGAGAGCCACCCAAGGGGCAGCCAAAGCAGGAGGAGAGAAAGAGAAGGGGGGAAAGAAAAGGGGGGGAGAAAACCAGAAAAAAAAGGAAAGCGCUCGCUCGCUCUCUAGAAUAACAAAAUACCUGAUUGUGACAAAAUAACAUCCUUCAGACAAAAUCAAGCAGGGACUUGACACACCAAAAAGGCAAGGCGAGGAAAGCGAGCCAGGGCGCGGGGAAGGCGAGCAAAGCCGCGAUCGCUGCUGGGCAGGAGAGCAGCAUGUCAAGCGCCGGGGCACACACGGAUGAGCGCUGCCGGCAGCCUGCCUUCCUCCCCGGCCCGCCGCCGCCGCAAGAAGUUGAGAGUAGCAGCGGCAGCGCCAAGGUGCAGAGGAUGUGUGCGGCGAGACGGAUGCUGCUGCUGCUGCUGGCUUUCCUGGCCUACGCGCUGGAUUCAGCUGCGGCGUACGGCACAGCGGAGACCCUCUGUGGUGGGGAGCUGGUGGACACGCUGCAGUUCGUCUGUGGGGACAGGGGCUUCUACUUCAGUAGACCAGUGGGACGAAAUAACCGGCGGAUCAACCGGGGGAUUGUGGAGGAGUGCUGCUUUCGGAGCUGCGACCUGGCUCUGCUGGAAACCUACUGUGCCAAGUCUGUUAAGUCUGAGCGUGACCUCUCUGCCACCUCCCUGGUGGGCCUGCCAGCACUCAACAAGGAGAGCUUCCAGAAGCCCUCGCAUGCCAAGUACUCCAAGUAUGACGUGUGGCAGAAGAAGAGCUCCCAGCGGCUGCAGCGAGAGGUGCCUGGCAUCCUGCGGGCUCGCCAGUACCGGUGGCAGGCGGAGGGGCUGCAAGCGGCUGAGGAAGCCAAAGCGCUGCACCGUCCUCUCAUCUCCCUGCCCAGCCAGAGGCCCCCAGUGGCACGAGCCUCCCCCGAAACGGCAGGCCCCCAGAAAUGAACCCUGAACAGUCGUCUCGAUUUUUGAUCUCCCGGGGAAGGGCGGGAGGACUGGUGAGACCCGACCCCCAAGCCCCUCUGUCCCCGGGGCCACCGAGCCGAGGAGCGGGGCGGCGGGGCAACCUCACGCCGCUCCGGCCCCAACCAAACAACUGACACAGCAAGGAGGGGAUGGCGGCAGCGGCGGCGGCAGCGAGCAGCGCCGCUCCUGCGGCACCGUCCUUUCGGGGUGGGGGGGAGGGUUGUUUCAUUUCCCAGGCCUGUUUCGUUCCCCUGCACCCCCAGUAUUUCCAAGCCUGUACUUGCAAAGGGACAGUUUGGCACUUGAACUUUUUGCUGCCGGGCGCUGCGUGACAUCCCUGGUGCCAACGCCAGAAGACAAAAGAAAGAGCAAGAGGAAAAAAGGAUAAGAAGUUAAAAUUUUUUAAAAUCUUUUUUUCCUUGAGAAGAAGAGUCCAUUCCGUGUCUUUCUUGACAUUAAAGUGAAAAAAAAAAAAUAAAAUGGGGAGAAAUAUUGAGGGAUAUAAUUUUUUUGCCUCAUUCCCACCCCACUUUUUUCUUCUUUUUUUUUCUUUUGGUUUUCUUAUUUUUAUAACUUUCUUUUGCACCUUUAAAAGAAAAACAUACCUGAGAAGAAGUUCUGAGGAGCCCCCAUCUGCAUUUUUGUGUGUGUGCUUCAUUACAAGAUUCCAAAUCGACUUGCACCUUUUUGAAAUCAUCGAUGAUGUGAGAAAGAGAGGUAGAGGAGAGAGAAAGCGAGAAAGAGAGAAGAAAGAGGAAAGGGGAAAGAAGAAAAAAAAAAGUGAGCUGAUGCUCACUUUAAAUGGAGGAGGCGUCUGCAUUGCACAUUUGCCACGGAUUUAGUUGAUUUAUAUAUAUAAUAUAUUAUAUAACUUUUUUGGCAAAAAAAGCACUAUUUUUAUGGGACAUUUUGUGUAGUAUCUGAAGAGGGAUUGUAAUGUUUAAAAUGUGUUAUGGUGCUAAAGUAAGUUGGAAGGGAAAAAACCCAGAAAUAGCAAGGGAGGGUGGGGAGGGAAGGACAAGAUAGCGAAUACUGAACUUGAAAUUUUAGCUUUUCGUUUUAGGAAAAGUGUGAUAAAUGUGUUUCUUUUCUCUUCUGAAAUAUAGCUUGGUCAUGACCAUAUGAGCUAGUUGGCUGUUACUCAUGUACACAGAUGCACGCACACACAGAAAUACUUUGACAUGCAUCCUUUUUUUAAAAAAAAAAAAACAAACAAAAACAAAAAAACCCCACCACAAUUUAGACCAAAAGGGAACUGUUCUAGAGACAAACUAUUUUGAAUGGUGAAGGUGUUGCCAGUUACAGCUCAAGGCCCUGCUUCUGCAUGGACUCCCAGCAGAGCUUGGCUGCCCAAGCCAUGGGGGACCUACCGUUUCCUCACCACCUUGAUGGCUUGCUUGCACGCCGAUCCCCUGGCGAGCGGGUGGGUGGCCCUCGCUGCUGAGCCCCUGUAGAAGCACCAGCUCUGUGCCCCACCAUCUCCUUUUCCUUCUCUUGCCCUUUGCAUCCUUCUUGGUGGACCCCCCCCACCCCUGCCCCACAUUCCCUGCCCUCCCCUUGCCCCCGCCAGGGCUGUGGAGGAGGAGAGCUGCACCCGGGUGGCUGCAGGGUUGGGACCGCUGCACAGGACGGCGGGGGGAAAAGGCAAGUCUCUGGCUUGAGGCUCAGGACUUGGUGAGCUGAUGGGUUUGAGAGGUGGACAGAGGGCUGUAAAAUAGGUUGGUUUUGAAAUAAUAUAUGUUAUCUGUCUAGAAACCGUAAAAAGGGGGGAAUCAAUUACAUCUCCCUAUGAUAUACUCUCACUUGCUAAUAAAAUGGGGACACUCUGUUAACCAGUUCUGUACUUGCUUUGUCUUAUAUAUCCAUACAUUUAAAACAUAAAAAAAAAAAAGACUACUUGAAUUGUAUUCUAUUUCGUGGUUUGGAGGGGAGGGCUAGGGGGAAUCUUGAGAGGGGGAGGAUUUUAAUGUAUAUCCUUUUGUUUGUUAUUACCUUGCAAUGUUGAGCCAUGAAGCCUUUGUUUAAAAAAAAAACGGCACUGCAAUACACGACAAAGAAAAUCCUUUAUUUAUUUUAUUAAAUAUAUAUGGAAAAGAAUGAAAAUUGGUCCAAAUUAAGAGGGGGGAAGGGAAGUGGGUGGGCUGGGGAAGGCAGACUAAAAACAGAGCAAUUGCAGAUAAUUGUCUUUUUUUUUUUCCUUUUCAUGUGUUUUUUUUUAAAAGAAACCUAGUUUUUAUUUUUUAAAAAGAGAAGUAAAAGCUUUCCUGGAUGCUUUGUACCAAAAAAGAAAAAAUGAAAAAAAAAAAGAAGAAAAUCUGUUAAGCAAAUAAAUAUCCAUCCAGAAAAUGAA